AAUUUCACCAUUUGCAACGAAACGCAACAUCAAUUGUUUUGUUGAAUUUUUUGUUAAUUUUUAAAAACAAUAUUCAAUAAAACAAGUGAGCAAUUAUACGAAAACACAAAAAACUAGUUCCAAAUAACGAAGGGUUGUAAUGAGUGCAGUAUCCGCGGUGUGCAGUAAGUAGUCGAGUAAAAAUUCCCAGGGACUUCAGCAACUUAAAUUUCAACAUCGGCGCAACCGGAAAGCGAAAAGAUGGCAUUGCUCACAAUGAUAGCGCGUGUUAUCGAUGGACUUCCACUGGUUGGAACCAUGCAAGACGACGAACAGUCUGGACGCAGCAUACUAGAGUACCAAAAUCAAGCGAAAAUGCUUUUCAGGAAACUAGGAUCACAUUCGCCGGCGCGUUGUAGCAUAGAAACCGGACCCUAUCUAUUCCAUUAUCUAAUUGAAAAUGACGUCUGCUACCUGGUGAUGUGUGAUAAAAUGUUCUCCAAACGUUUGGCGUUCAAUUAUCUGGAGGAUCUAGCGCAAGAAUUUCAUGCCAACUAUGGGAGACGUGUCAACUCUGUGACACGUCCAUAUGCAUUUAUCGAAUUCGAUGUUUAUAUACAGAAAGCCAAAAAGCAAUUGACCGAUCGAAGACGAAAUAUAAAUGCAAUUAACACACAAUUGCAAGAUGUGCAGCGAAUUAUGGUACAAAAUAUCGAUGAUGUACUACAGCGUGGCACAGUAUUAUCAGAGCUGGACACGAAAACGCAAAAUCUCUCGAUGAUGUCACAGAAAUAUAAAAAGGAUGCGACAUAUUUGAACCGUAAAUCUAUGUAUUUGAAACUUGGCGCCGCAGGUAUUGCUAUAGUAGUAUUUAUUUUGUACUUUUGGGUUUUGUAAUAAUUGUUAAAUGUUUAUUAAAAUGGAAAAUAUUACUAACUAAGCUAGCUAACCGUUUGCAAGUAUAGGCGGCGUGCGUCUCUUACCAAUGUAUAAGUGCACUACAAAUAUUUAAUGGUGACAACUGAAUGACAAAUUGUUUAUUUUUUGAUUUUUCUAGGCAAUGUAAUAAAAGGUAUAUUCAAAACUA